AAAAAAAAAAAAAAAAAGAAAAGGUAACCGGACCCCCCGCUCCCCCCCUGCCCACCCCUCGCUCCCUUUCAGCUCAUUGAGAACAAGCAAAGGGGGGCAUUGUAAGGCUGCCAGCGUCCAAGAAGCUGAAAGCUACUGUAUUACCAGCACAGAGGGGUCCUUUUAGAGCCGCAUCUAAUUAGCCAAAACACAAAGCAAGCGGCUGAAUGGAGCUUGUCACUCUCUGGAAAAGAAGGGUGGGUAAGACACUUUUUUAAUUCAAUUCCAUCUUUUGUGUCCCCCCCCUCCACCCUUUUCCAUCAGCGUUUAACAUGAAAAAGCCCGACUCACCUACCUAUACGAAUGAACUUUAAAUGCUGCAUGUUCCCGUCUGCUACCUGUCUCUCCGCUGCUGACCUAUGACAUGUAUUCUAUUCCAAUAUGAUGUAGACAUUGGCGACGAUUUCAAUGGACAUUCUCGAGAAAAUUUGGAAACGUAUUUGCUAAUGGAUUUCCUUCUCAUUGGUCUCUGUUUAAACUGGAUGUUGAGAAAGCCCCCGGGGUUAAUACUGUGCGCACUGGGCAUAUUUAUUAAAAUGCUUCCCCUGGUGAAUAGCGGCUGUCCGCGCGUGUGUCGCUGCGAGGGCAGAUUUUUGUACUGUGAAUCCCAGAAUGUCACCGAGCUGCCUGGCAACCUGUCGGGCGUGAUGGGCUUGUCUCUGCGGUACAACAGCAUCAGCGAGCUGCAAGACGGACAGUUCACGGGGUUAAUGCAGCUCACGUGGCUCUAUCUGGAUCACAAUCACAUAGAAACAGUGGAAGUCAAUGCCUUUCAAAAACUGCGUCGAGUCAAAGAACUCACACUCAGCGCCAAUAAAAUAACCCAUCUGGCCAACCACACGUUCCGACCGUUGCCCAACUUACGCAGUUUGGACCUAUCCUACAAUAACAUACAAGCCUUGGCACCGGAUCUUUUCCAUGGUCUACGCAAACUGUCGAGCCUACAGCUGCGUUACAAUGCCAUCAAGUUUGUGCCAGUGAGGAUCUUUCAGGACUGUCGCAGUCUGGAGUUCCUAGACUUGGGAUACAAUCAGUUGAAGAGCUUGGCCCGUAACUCUUUCGCAGGUUUGUUUAAACUUGCCGAGCUUCACCUGGAGCACAAUGACUUGGUCAAGGUGAAUUUAGCUCAUUUUCCAAGACUCCUCUCUUUACAUUCUCUCUUCAUGAGGAAGAAUAAAGUGACUAUAGUAGUUAACUCCUUGGACUGGGUGUGGAAACUAACAAACAUGGAUCUCUCUGGCAACGAGAUUGAGUACAUCGAACCUCAUGUUUUUGAAAGUGUACCUCAUCUUGAAUCCCUACUCCUAGACUCCAACCGCCUCACCUACGUUGACCCUAGAAUCCUCAACUCUUGGAAAUCUCUUACCAGCCUCACCCUGGCUGGGAACAGCUGGGACUGUGGACGUAAUGUGUGUGCCUUGGCCUCCUGGCUGAGCAACUUCAAGGGUAGGUACGAUGGCAACAUGCUGUGUACCACCCCGGAGUAUGCACAAGGAGAGGAUGUUCAGGAUGCUGUCUAUGCUUUCCACCUGUGUGAGGACCCAUCAGAUCCAACCAGUGCUAAUGCCAUUUAUACAGCUUUCAACAACAGUGACAAAAACGCCUACAACAGUGCCACCGUCACCACCAUCACCUAUGAUGUACAGGAUACAGAAGGGGAAAAGACUACAGACAACCUGAUGGCCACCAUGCCCAGCGAGCACCCCGAGAACACUGUCCAAAUUCCUAAGGUGGUGACGGGGACUAUGGCGUUGAUUUUCUCCUUCCUCAUUGUGGUUUUGAUGUUGUACGUUUCUUGGAAGUGUUUUCCGGCCAGCCUCAGACAGUUGAGGCAGUGCUUUGUGACACAACGCAGGAAGCAAAAGCAAAAACAGACUAUGCAUCAAAUGGCUGCAAUGUCUGCCCAGGAAUACUAUGCUUGA